AAGAAUUAACACGAAGUCUAUGAUUGUUACCGACAACAACAAACUUCAAUAACACUUUAGAACCGAUCAAUUCGAUGGCUUCAAUAGAUGAUAGAUAUAGAAAACCCCGUAGAACUAAAGGCACACCAUUAUUUAAAUUCCGAGCUUACAUUGGUGGUGUGGUGUCUGCUUUCACUCUCAUAACCGGAGCGAUACUUAUGUAUUCUCCUAUUUUUCUUGGCAUCUUUCAAUCGUUUGAGAUCCAAAGCGCAUUCAGGAGAGAGACACUAAGUGAAAGUACUGAUGAAGAAAGACAGAGAAAUAAUUUAAUGCUUAAUACGUUCUAUGAGAUAAUAGAUAGUAAAGCAAAGGCCAAAAAGCAAGAAUCCUCAGAGCCCAGUAUUUAGAGCUAUGCAAUAUACUGUACAGGAAGAAACGUAAGGAUGGAAAAUCGGGAGCACGAUGAUUUCUCUCAAUUGAGAGAAUUAGAUAGUAGAAGAAAAAUAAACCCCAGAAAUUUAUCACUUAGAAACAAAAAAUUGCCAGUCAAAAAGAAAGAUGACGAAAGCUCGGCCCAAGAACCUGAUCAGUCUGCCAGUCAUUCAAAAGCCAUUGAAACAUUUUUGCAUCCAGAGAAUUCUACGAGUACCUCUAGUUGUGGAUUGCUCAGUGACACUAUGUCGUUGGAUAAAGAUGAUAGCUUGGCUGAUUUCCGAUCCCCAGUGAAAGAGACUGACUUGAACGAAUCAUUAGCAGAUUUCAAAGUUUCGCUACGGAACAAGAGAUUAACUCAUAAAGAGAACAAACCUGUUCUUAAGAAAAAGCAGAAAAGAUAUCGAGAUGCUGUGUCAAAUGUAAAUCAACCAUCGAUAGAAUCAUCUUUUUUCAAACCACAAACAAUGGUGAAAACUGCUUUUCCGUGCCCAUUGUGUUUCAAAUCCUUUAAAGAUGCAACAACUAAAAAUAGUCACAUGAAAAGUUGUGCCACUAAGAAUAAAGUAUCAACCAAAAAACUUUUGGAUGCCGUCGAAUUGCAGGCAAAACAAGCUAAUGAGAGAAAGGCGCUAGGCCUUCUCGAAGCUCCUGCAAUACAGCCUAAGAAAACGAUAUCGCGUAAACUGAUCUCAGACAAAGAUCCACAAUUACAAAUAGCUUUGGCUCUCUCAAUGUCACUCCAUGAAGCACAAUUGAUGGAGGAAAUCGAAGAUGCACACUUACUAGUAGGUGAACCCAGUCCCUCAAGUUACGGAGAGAUGACAGAGGAGCGUAGAAAAACACUUCAAAAUUUCGGGUUCACUACAAACAAAUCUGCAACAGUAUCUACCAGUAACAAAUCCAAAAAAAGACGACCGGCUGGUCCAACCCUUCUGCAAAUUCGUACCAAGCAGGAAAGAGAUCAUAUUUUAUCAGUUCAAAUUGCUGAAGUUUUAAUGGGUGACAAAGCGAUAACACAAGCUAUGAUAGAAGAAGAGGCAGAAGUUACCAAACCAGAAGAGAAUAUCAUUCUUAAAAGUCGCUUGCUUCAGUCUUAUGAACGUGUGAAAGAUAGAUUGUGGGAUAAAACUCAACAAUGUCUCGGCAGUAAAAGUUCAUAUUUUUGCAAACAGUUGGAGCUUUUAUUAUGUAAGGUCACAGUUGAGUCUGAAAUAACAUCGGGACGAGAGGAACAACCCAAAGUGGAACCUCUCAACCAAAGUGCGAAACACCUUCCUGAUACAAUUGAUGAAAAUACCACGGCUCUUUCAGAAAGUCCAAUCUGUUCUGAAGCUGAAAGUUUAAUGGCUGAUGAUAAUCCUGUAUCAACACUAAAGAGUAGAGUAGACGAAGAGUUCAUUGGUCAUUUGUCGAACGACUGGAGGUUUUUACUGAUUAGUUCGAACAUGAGUGACAUCUUGGUGAUUAUAAAAGGAGAUACAGAAUUACCUGCGCAUCGACUAGUAUUAUUUGUAAGAUGUAGAGAAGUCUUGGACGAUGUGGUUCCUAAUAAUCAUGUAUUGGACAGAAUAUACUGGCCAGAAACGGAAGUUUCUGCAGCAAGUGCGUUUCUGGAAUAUAUCUAUUGCAGUGUUAUAAUGGAAUACGUGUCAGUUUUUGACGACCCUAACACCUUGUCGGAAGUAAAAGCACUGGCAAGAAAGUACAAAUUGCAACGGCUAUUUGUUUACUUAAGGGAUAAAUCAGAAGAGCUGAAAUCAAAUAAAGUUAAUACGUCAACUCAACAAUUGAAUUUCGAGAUGAAUUUAGAGUCAGACAUUACUGACAUGCCUGAUAGUAAUUCUAGUUUUUCACAAUUUUCAUCAACUUCACCAUGUACCAGAACUGCGUGUGAGAAUUUAUCAACCGUACCAAGAACCCAAAAGAACUUCGAAAGUACUGAAACUGUCAACUCUAAUAACAUAAAUGAAAAAAGUCUCAAGAAAAGUACUUCAACAUUGAGCAAAACCAAGUGCGAUGUUCUACCUCGCACUGAAAAUUUGAAACUGCUUGAUAAAAAUCUUGAAGUAGAUCGCAGUAUAUCUCCUGAUAUUUUUGAUGAUAGUAUAACCGAAAAUACUUUACAUAGUACUAUGGCAUUGGAGCAACAAGAAUGUGAUUUGGAACAUACUGCAAAUCAUAGUGAUUCAGACAUUGAAGUUAUAUCUCCUUCUACCAACACUUUGGACACCAAAAAUUCUAAUUAUGAUACAUUAAUGGCUAAUAAAACAGCAGAUCUGACUCACCGGAGAGAGUUUGGAAAAUCUGAAGUGGACUUUGAAUUCGUAUCUACUCGUAAGCGAAAAAGUUACAGACACUCUCUUUCUACAGAUGAUGCUGAUCCGUCUGUGGAAGUUGACGAUUUGAAUUUUGAUAAGAACAAGUCCAGCAUGUUUAUAAAAAAAAAGGGCGAUAUUACAAUAGCUAUUGAACGAAUCCAGAAGAUAAACGCUAAAAGCAUUUCUGAAUCGGAUUCGGAAUGCGAAUCAGUUGACGUGUAUCCUAACAAAAAGCGCAAAAAUCCAUUUCGUAUUAAAAGGUCCGAUGUUUCGCCUAAUAUUGAAAAAAAUUUACAAAAUACUACGCAAUCUGAGUUAGAUUAUACAGUUCCAUCAAAGAAAAGAACAGCCCUGAGCAUUUUUGAAGCGAAGAUAGAGUCAGAAGCUGUUAAAAAUCCUGCGAUAUUCAAUUUACCUGCCCAUAAAAUUAUAUCAGACGUAUGUUUAAAAAAUACAGGAACUUCUCAUGUCUCAAAACUUGAAGUCACCUGUGGUGAAUUAACAGAUACGAAAGCCGAUCAAAAAGAAGAUAACAAUGAAGAUACGGAGAAUGAAAUAGAACCAUCCCAGAAACGUGUUGCUAAACUAGAUGACACUGUUAGUGCCGUUUUUGAUCUAACGCAAGAAUCUUCCGGAGAAAGUAAGCUAGACGAUGAUGAAGACACCAAUAGCACUGAUACCGAAGACCAGGAUUUAUCUAUGUUCACAAAAUAUAAGAGAAAACACAGCCACAAUAGUAUAGAUAAAUAUCGGUGUGCCCUUAAAAAUAAUUACUCACGGAUCUCCAUAUCGAGUUCUAAAGGUACAAAUGAACACCUAUCAUCUGAGGAUUAUCAAAGUUCAGGUGAUGAACUAUGGAACACAGAUGAUGCAUUGAAUCGUAAUAGUUACUCGUCGAAGUAUGAGUACACAGACCCAAAUCAGAGCAUAUCUAAUGUACAGAAGGAAUUAUCAAGCACAUUGCCAGCAGGUGGAAGAAAUGUUGAAAAAUCACCAGAAGUUCUGAGUUCUACAGAGUCGGAUACUGUGGAACAAAAAGCUUCGAAAUUUGAUGAUGCUGAACUCUCAGACUUGGAAAUAGAUCUAUCUGAUUUAUCUAGCACUAAAUCUUCAAAUAUCUCAACGAAAAGCAGAAAAAGUGGUAAAUAUUACAGGACGUCUCUAUCAAAAACAAAAUCUAAUAACGAAAUGUCGGAUGAUGAACGAAUAGACAAGAAUACGGUCAAAGAAAUUCAAAGUUUUAUUGAUGGAAAAGUGGAGGAUAAAAUGUUAGAAAAUGAUGAUCACAAAACCAAAAAAAGUAACAUAUACGAUGAAGACACUGAUGCUGAGUGUUGGAUUGAGUCUGUACUUCCUAGACAUACUGAAAAAAUUAAAUCACCCAAAGUAGGUGAACCAAAAAAAUCUGAUAUUUACAGCGAAGAGACUGACCCAGAGGAUACAGAAACGAAGAAGGAUCACGAGAUUGCAAAAAUACCGAAAUUACAAAAUGUUGACAAAGAUUGCAUUGACAUACCUUCUCCUGACUGUGAAAUUUCUGGAGCAAUGUCACCCGCUUCGAUGGACCUUAAUCUCAUUAAUAUAGUUAGCAAUGAAGUUGACAGUUUACUUGAAAACGGCAGCAGGAGUAAUCAUAUUUUACCCAAAUCGCCUAUAAAUCUAGCCAAACCAUCCAGAGCAGGUCUGUUAGAUUCAUUCAUAUCGACUCCUACUUCUCGAACAUAUAGAACUGUAUUUGAUGAUGUUUCCUCGUAUGACAGAAUAAGCAACGCAGAUUUCAAUGAAAUAGAAUUCACAGUUAAACAGAAUUCGUCAAAAAUCAAAACAAACCCAGUAAAUACUAAAAAGGGAGAAGAUGCAAGCAAUCAGAGCACAGUGAAAAAACAUUACAUCUUGGACAGUGAUUCGAGUGAUAAUGAAAAUUCCAAAAUCAAUAUAUCGCGUAAGACUCUAUCUAAUGCUUCGACGAAAAGAUCAAAAGAAGUCGGGAAUUCCAGACCUUCAAGCCACUCAAGGAGUGGAAGCAUAUCACCAAUAAAUAUUCCAAAACGUUCUCUCGUUAGUUUGCAAAAGAGAUCAAUAUCAGAAAAUAUUAUCAAAACGAAGGGACCAAAUUGGUCUAACUUAAUGAAUGAUUCACUUGAUUGCGAAUUAGCAAUGGUAGGGACGCCAUCAGUGAAACAUCAGAAUAUCAGCAAAAGUAAAGAUGAAACCACACCGGUACAAGAAGUAUCUGCCGAAAACAUCACACCACUGGCUAAUUAUAGUGCAAUGAAGACACCCGAGUUAAGGAAAGAGUUGAACAAAUACGGAUUGAAGGCGCAAAAACGUCACAGAGCUAAACAACUUCUCAGGUACAUUUAUAACGAAUUACACCCAUUGGUGCCUGUGGCUGAUAACAAUGUUACUUCAUAUUCUAACUUAUACAGUAGCAAUGAUGAAUGCCCUGCUCCUAAAAGACUAAAUAGGAGUAAGAGUAUUGAAGCUCUCAAUGAUAGAAGCACAUAUAAUGUUGACUCUGAAUCUGAAGCAUUAGUUUUUGAUACCAGAACCGUGAGCGAAGCUUCCGACGACUACGAAGGGCCAGACUAUAAUGAUUCCUACACUCUCAGCCAAUUUGACAACUCCGACAGUUUGGAGGGUUUUUUCCGAAAAUUAAUAGAAGUGGAUAAAGUAUUGCACAACAAAAUUUUGGCCUAUGAACCAUUAAUAUUAGAGGAACUGCAUGCAACAUUAAAGACUCAAGGGUUAAAAUGUAAUCUCAAUUCAUUGAUGGAUUUUUUAGAUGAGCAGUGCAUCACAUUUCGCACAUUGGCCAAUUCAAAGAAGAGUAAAACUAAACGGAAAGCCAGCCCAAAAAAAAACUGAUGUGUCUAAUGAGCCAAAAAGAACUCAAGAAAUUAUCAAAAGGUCAUUGAAAGUAAAAACAUUUUAAAUACAAGUUAACCGAUAGUUAUUAGAUGCAGUACUUUUUUAAAUUAAUCAUUGGAAAAUUUUCUACUGUUAGGACAUACCUACAUGUAUACAAUGCAUCGGAAUGUUUAGUAAUAUAGAUAAUACUUUUUAUGAAAUUUCUUAUACUAGAAUUUAUUUUUCUGUACUGAUGACAUGGUAAGCCGGGAAAAGAGCUUCAUCGUCUUUUUAUAUUUGGUUGGUCUUAUUAGCACCUCAACUCAAAUCAAAUGUCAAGUUUUUGUUUCCGAUUUUGAUAUCAUAAAAGUAUAUCAGAAAAACUAUUCCUCGUUGUAAAACAUUUAUAUCAGAUCCCACUUAUUCGGACUAAAGAAUAAUAUAAUGCAACAAUAUAGGUAAUUAGGUCAUGUUGAUAUCUAGAACAAUGACAGCGCAUUAAAUGUCUAUGGAUUAUGUCUGACAAGUAAUAUUUCUUGAUAUCGUUAUAAUCUAUCCCUGGAGCUUGAUUAUAAAUAUCACUGUAUGGCAACUGACCUAGUUGCUGAAUUUCAAGAGUUACAUUUAUUGAAUGAAGAAUAUAUUAUAUACAAAAUAAAGUCUCAAUUAUCAGUACUGCAAUGUUUGAGAAAUUGCCUUUCUAUGUAUCAAUUAUACUUGCAAUGAUAGUUACAAUACACAGCUAUCAGUUAUCAAGACAUAGGGAUAAGAAGACAAUUAUCAUUACUUCAUAAAUUAUUCAUUCACUGCUAAGAUUCAUUUAUCUAUCGCAGAAAGGAGAACAUUCGGUUUCACCUAAAUCCAACAAACGUAAAUUCUUAGGAAAAUCACAGGAUCCUUUUGGAUAAAUCGUUGUAGUCGACUACAACUAAUUGUAAUAAAUCACUACUUAUUAUAUUGUGAUACAUUUACGGAAAAAUAAGAAACAAUAUAUUUUCUUUUAUUAACACAGAACAUCGAGGUAUAAUAAAAAAUCUUGCCCUUCUAUCAUUGGAAUAUAAAACAUGAACAUUUAAUUACGGAUUAAUGUAUAUGUUAUUUUUUUUAUUGAUGAUAUUUAUUCACUUCAAUAUGACUGAUAAGUGAACUUCUUUUUGUUUUCGUUAUGAACUAGAAAUUCGAGUGUCUUCAACAAAAAAUCUAAAAAACAAUACAACUAGAAGUUAUUUCAAUUCGAUUAUUGUCAUAUAACUAGCAACAUUUAAAAAAAAUAUGAAUGUUAUGA